CUCGAACGGACCUGACCGGCCUAUAUAUUUAGAAAGGGACCCGAGUACAGUCCAAACCCAAAAGUAGAGACUUCCGCAACACGCCCGGUGCUCCGAGAUCUAGCCAACUUCACCCGUUAUGCGCCGACUCUGAGACCUCAAUCAGAAGAGAAGCAGAUGAAAGCGCUGAGAGUCUUGAGCCACCGUGAUGCGACAGGGUUACUAUCACCAGGUUUAGUACACGGAUAUGUCGAGUGGAGAAUACGACAGUCGACAAUAACCAUAUCCAUAUCCAACCGCACCCUUUCUACCGCUCUAAUCCCAGGUGGAUCUUCAACGGGGAGAGCCUCUGCCAGCCAAAAACCCCAUCGUUCGACGACUACUAUCAGGACGCCCAUCUCUAUCACACCUCUCACGUCAACCUCUUCCCAUUUCAGAACCUAUUACAAGACCAUCAACCCGUUCCAUCUCACCAUGGCAACAUCCAGCAGCGCCGAAGCCGGCGGUACCGGCAGGACGUACCAAGACGCCCUCACCCACCUCAACCUCCUCAUCCCCAACCGGACCGUGACCGCCCUCUUCGACAACCGGCCCCAACCGACAUCCGGCCCCGCCCCGGACCCCAACCUCCAAGCCCUGCCAGAAAUGCUCACCUGGCUCCGCCGCGCCGGCUACACCCCCUCCGACCUCGCCCGGCUCCGCUGCAUCCACGUAGCCGGCACGAAAGGCAAAGGCUCGACCUGCGCGUACCUGACCUCCCUCCUCGUCGCGGCGCCAGACAGACGCGCGGGCCGCGUCGGGACGUACACGUCGCCGCACCUGGUCACGCCGCGGGAACGCAUCGCGCUCGACGGGCGGCCGAUCGGAAAGGCGCUGUUCGCGCGGUAUUUCUUCGAGGUGUGGGAUCGGCUUACCGACGCCGCGGUCGCGGAGGGCGUCAUGACGCCCGAGGCAGCGCGGGGCGCGGGGUCGAAGCCGUUUUACUUCCGGUUCCUGACGUUGCUUGCUUUCCACGUCUUCCUCUCCGAGGGGGUACGCAGCGCGGUGGUCGAGGUGGGGAUUGGUGGGGCGUAUGAUGCUACGAAUGUGUUGCCGCCCGAGGCGGUUACGGCGGCGGUGAUUACGCAGCUUGGGGUUGAUCAUGUUGCCAUGCUUGGUGAUACGCCGGAGAAGAUUGCGUGGCAUAAGGCUGGGGUGAUGAAGCGGGGUGUCCCUGCUUUUACGAGGUUGUUGGGGGGGAAGAAGAAGAGUGCGGGUGGGGGCCAGGGUGAGAAUGAGAAUGAUGAGGGCGUAAUGCGGGUUCUGAAAAGUCGAGCGGAGGAACUGGGAUGCAGCGAGCUGGUCGAGGUGAGAGAUGAACACGUCGAUGCGUGGGGCGGCGUGCGAGUUCGUGGACGCGUCAAGGGCGGUUCGUUUCAGAGUCGAAACCAGGCCCUGGCUGCCUUGGCGGCCGAGGAGCACUUGUGUUCACUUGCUUCGACCUCUCCCGAUGCGGAGCCGAAGGCCACGAGAAAGUUGGCCGAACUUCCAGCGUGGAUGACCGAAGCGAUGAAGCAGACUUCACUUCGAGGCAGGCAAGAGGUUGUGGAAGACCCGCAAAGGCCAGCCGUCCGAUGGUUGUUGGACGGAGCUCAUACGGUCGAGAGCCUGGACGAGACGGCCGCAUGGUUGGCCGCGGAGAGGGAAGAGGACGAAAACCUAGUGCGGAAGAGGAGGAGGUUUGUGCUGCUCUUUAACCAGCAGGAAAGGGAGGCGGGCAAGCUACUUGGUGGGUUCCUGGACAAGCUCCGUCAAGCCCUAGCGGUAGGGGAGGCCAAGGCGAGCAGUGACGGGCGUCUCUUUGACGCGGCGCUCUUCUCACGGAACGACCUCGCCAGGUCUGACACUGACACUCGUCCCGACGUGAGCGUCCAGGAAAGCUGCCGGGGGACUUUCGCGUCUUGCCACCCCGGGACCACAACAGAGGUGUGUCCGGAUCUUCCGACGGCCAUGGACCGCGUCGGCGACAUGGCCUCGCGGUUUCACGAGGCGGGCGAGGAGACCAUCGUCUUGGUGACGGGUAGCUUGCACCUGGUCGGCGGUGUCAUUCGGCUACUAGAGCCGGACGGUCUAGAUUGAGUGAGUACUAGAAUUGUAUCAUGGCAAGCAAGCAGAGGAUGAAAAUAGAACAUAUAUAUUUUGAGGCCAAGCG